AUGGAUAGAAUAGUGUGUCCUGAAAAUGGGGAGCUAGUGGAAUUCAUGAUGAAUAAGCAAAAAGAAAUGAUGAAUACGCCCAAAGGGAUUUCUGAUCAGAAUGCCAAGAUGAUAUCGAAAGCGAUUUCAAAUGUUUGCGGUUCCAAAGCCCCUAUUAAAACUCUUAAAGAUUUCUCCAAUGUCAAAGGUGUUGGAAAGUGGAUUUUGAAGCUCAUGAAAGAUUUCUUUAUUGACACCGCUGAGAAUGAGGAGACGAUACCAAGGGUUGAAAAAAACAAGGGAAACAAGCCAUAUAUGCCUCAAAAGAAUUCCGUGGCUUAUGCUUUAUUGAUCACUCUCUAUAGAGAAAUGGCUAAUGGAAGCGAGUUUAUGCGAAAACAAGAACUAAUUGAUGCUGCUGAAGCAAGUGGCCUGUCUCGGUCACCUAUAAUGCCGGAAAUAGGAAAGGGGAAAGCAGGCCAGUUUGGAGUCAGCUCAGGCAGGGAUUGGUACAGUGGAUGGAGUUGCAUGAAAAAGCUGAUAGACAAAGGGCUGGCCGUUAAAUCUAGCUGCCCGGCAAAGUACAUGCUGACCGAGCAAGGAAAAGAAGCUGCCCGUGAUUGUCUAUCAAGAUCUGGAUUGGUUGAUUCUACAGAGGCUCUUCAUACAAUCAAUAAAACUUCAGAUUCAAACCAAAUCAAAAUGAAUGAUUCAGUGUGCACUCAAGCCAAGUUGGUUAAAGAUGGACCACCUCAGAAAGUUUCUUCAAAACGUCUGAAAAAAUCAGUCGAUAUUCCUCCUGAUACUCUUGAUAAGCUUGUGCGCAUGGGAUACUCCAAAGAACAAGUUAUUCGUGCUUUUACAGAGGUUAAAAAAUCAUCACCAGAUGAAGAAAUUUCUUCACUUUGGCUAUCUGUUUUAUGUCGUCUUCGGGAGGUUGAAGUUUACAACUCACCUUUGGAGUCUCCGAAUGUUCCAGAAGUCAGACAUCAUUCAUCAUCAACUUCUAUGCAUAUAGAUGGAGACUCUCAUCAUUUUAUACGUGAAAAAACGAGUUUGGCUUAUGAACCGGGAUCCGAUAUUCCAAGUACAUCAAUGAGACCUUGUUCGUUGAAUGAUCACAAUGUGCGUAAGCGAGGUAGGAAUGAUCUUGAAGCUAAAUCAAAUGUUUUUUCAAUGCCACCUUUGACAUUUGGGGACCGGUUCGAGGAUACAUAUGAAGUGGUUUUGAUAUUGGAUGACCGAGAAAAAUUCACCAAGGCGUCAAAGUCUAGAAAACUUCUUGAGCAUGUUCAACUCCAUUUUAAAAUACCAAUAGAGGUGCGGCGCUUACCUGUUGGAGAUGGCAUUUGGAUAGCUCGUCAUAAGCAUCUUGGGAGUGAAUAUGUUCUUGAUUUUAUUGUUGAGAGGAAGAAUGUUGAUGAUCUGAGAUCUUCUAUUAGGGAUAACCGUUACCGAGAGCAGAAAGUGCGGAUCCUGAGGUCUGGACUCAAAAGGCUGAUAUAUCUAGUGGAAGGUGAUCCAAAUGCUUGUGAAAGUGCUGAAAGUAUUAAAACAGCUUGUAUGACGACCGAAAUUCUGGAGGGAUUUGAUGUGCAGAGAACAAGUGGAUUAGGAGAUACACUGCGAAAAUACGGCCAUCUUACGCAAUCAAUAAUUCAAUACUACACAUCUCUUGGCAAUGAGGCUGAACGUCAAGAUUUCUCAAUCUGUCCUCCUUUUGAUCAAUUUAUAGAGAGGUGCCAAGAGUUAGACAAGAUGACGGUCAGUGAUGUAUUGGCUACCCAACUCAUGCAGGUUCCGCAGGUGACUGAGGAUGUUGCCAUCGCUGUCCUGGAUUUAUACCCAACUGUUUUAUCACUUGCUUCUGCCUACUCGCGUCUUGAUGGUGACAAAUGUGCACAAGAGGAACUCCUUAAGAAGGAAAGCAACAAUGCAAUCAGUGGAGUCGCUAGCAGAAAUAUUUUUCAGUUCAUUUGGGGUGAUUAGUUAAUUGUAUGUAGCUGAAGCCUUCAAGCUCUCUAGCAAUGUUUCUCUAGAAUAGGUACCCAAACUCUUUAUAUUACAACGAGAGGGACUACUAGAUGACAAUAUUAGUUAUGGCUAAAGUACGUUCUUUAACAUCACUCCAAGACUCUGUGAAGGCAACUUCCGCGUAAUAUGUGUUUUGGAUAAGGAAAACCUUGUUAUGUUGAAGCAGCUAAACCAACUCAUAAUCUGUAGUGUGUUGAUAGAUUCACAUACAACAAACAUACAUGGAAAGCGCCUUGGCAAUUCUUACAAA